AUGGCGUUCACGGCGGUGCUCUUCCCCGCCAUCACCACCGUCAGUCAGGCCCACCCGUGCCGCCACCGUAUCCUCUCACCCAAACGAGGCAGCAUUUCCCGCACCCUCGCCCUCCCGCCCUCCGCGGACCUCCCCUCCCUCGACGCCCCCGUGGCCCUCGCCGCCGCCUCGUCCGUCGCCGCCCUCGCCGCUGCCCUCUCCUUCUCGGACCCCGAGCGCCGCCGCCGCCAGCAGGCCGAGGUGGUGGGCGGCGACGAUAAAGAUGUCGUCCGCGUCUACUUCAACAAGACCGGAUUCGAGCGGUGGAAGAAGAUCUACGGCGACGCCAACGAGGGCGUCAACCGCGUCCAGCUCGACAUCCGCCUCGGCCACUCCGAGACCGUCGAGAACACCCUCGCCAUGCUCCGCGACGGCGGCCCGCUCGCCGGCAUCUCCGUCUGCGACGCGGGGUGCGGCACCGGUAGCCUGACCAUCCCGCUCGCCCGGGAGGGCGCGCUCGUCACCGCCAGCGACAUCUCCGCCUCGAUGGUUGCCGAGGCCGAGCGCCAGGCGCGGGACGCCCUAGUUGGCCAUUCCGGCGCCCAGAUGCCCAAAUUCGAGGUCAAGGACCUCGAAUCACUAGAGGGAAAAUUCCACACGGUGGUGUGCUUGGACGUGCUGAUCCACUACCCUCAAGAGAAGGCCGAAGCCAUGAUCGCCCACUUGGCGUCGUUGGCCGAGAGCAGGUUAGUGCUCAGCUUCGCUCCCAAGACCUUGUACUACAACCUCCUGAAACGGGUGGGCGAGUUGUUCCCCGGCCCGAGCAAGGCCACGAGGGCCUAUCUGCACGCCGAGGGCGACGUCGAGCGGGCUCUGCGCAAGGUUGGGUGGAAGGUGAACAAGAGGGGCUUCAUCACUACCCAGUUCUACUUCGCCAAGUUGUUCGAGGCAGUGCCUGUGAGCUCGGCCUGAGACGGGCAGUAUCACCAUGAAAAUGCUCUUCUUGCAGCUGUACAUGUAGCUAAUUAAUGGUUGAAACAUCACAAAUGUGUUUA